AUGGCGGGUGCGGCGGAGGUGAAGCCGAUUUGGGCUGAGCCAAGGCAGCCGCAUACAGAGGGUAUACCGCGACUCCAGGUGCCUGCUUCGGAUGCCGGUACGGAUGUCGUGUCUGCCGAAGACAUUGAAGAGGAUGACCUGCAUCUCAGCCCGCUCACGGAUCGCGACCCACUGCCGCCGGCACCGGCCCCUGCGGACUCCGAAGCGAGCUCAGGGCCCGGGCGGACGGCGCCCCCGGAGAUGCGGCCGCCCUCGGCCGAUCCUUCCGCUCAGCCAGAGACAGCGUCUGCUGCAGGUGGCAGCGAGGCGACGCAGGUGACACCGAUACCUCAGCCCGAAGCUCCCGAACAGGGACGGUCUGCCUUCUUUCAGCGUUUCCGGAAGAAGAUGAAGAUGGAUCCGGGCACGCAGACCAAGGCCUUCAUGGCCACCUCGAGUCGGCAGAGCCGGGGGAUUCGAAGCUUGACCACCGUGAACUUCGGGAACCAGACCUCCGAGGCGGAUACUCGCACGGGCUGGCGGGGCAGAAUGGCCCGAUUGGUGGCGUCGCCCAUGUUCGAGGUGAUCUUCGCCGUUGCCAUCCUUAUCAACACCGUAGUCAUGGCCGUUCAGGUGCAAUACCGGGGUCUGGGUGUGGGCUUCUACGUGGGCCACCACAGUGUGCGAAGUCCGGCCGAGGAGCUGUGGCCAGGGGCUGAAGACACUUUCUACGGCCUGGAGCUCUUCUUCGGGGCCCUCUUCAGCGUGGAGCUUCUCUUCAAAGUCCUUGCUAUGGACUACCGCUUCUUCAUGGAUAUUUGGAAUCUCUUGGAUUUUGCUGUGGUUGUCGGCUGGUUUAUUGACACGCUGGCCGCGGGAGUCUUCCCAGUAGAUCCACUGUUGCUGCGACUUCUGCGACUCCUGAAGCUGUUUCGCAUGCUGCGCCUGGUGAGGACCAUCCAAGGCUUCGACUCCUUGUAUGUGAUGAUCACAUCCAUCAAAGGGAGCAUCGCAGCCUUGUUUUGGAGCGUGAUUCUGUUGGUCCUGGUCCUGAUGAUGGUCUCCCUCUUCCUGGUGACGAUGCUGGAAAACUAUAUCAAGAAUGACGACCAGGAGCUCGAACGGCGCAUGGACGUCUAUCUCUAUUUUGGCACUUUUUCCCGCGCGAUGCUGUCUCUCUUCGAGAUGACGCUGGCAAACUGGGCGCCGCCAUCACGGGCGCUGACAGAGAAUGUCAGCGAGUUCUGGAUGUUCUUCGUUCUGAGCUUUCAGCUGCUCGUCGGCUUCUCCGUGAUGAAAGUCAUCAUGGGCGUGUUCCUGCAAGUGACCUUCUAUGUCGCCUCCAACGACGACGUGAUCAUGAUGAGCCAGAAAGAAAGGGCGCUCAAAGUACACACGCAGAAGAUGACGGAGCUGUUUGUGGCUGCGGACGAAAAUGGCAACGGAAGACUCGAUCAGGAUGAGUUCGAGACCAUCAUCAGCGAUCCCACCUGCAUUGCCUGGCUAUCGGCCAUGGGUUUCGAGACUUCGAUGCUCUCGGGGCAGGAUCUCUACCGGCUACUUUGCGCAGAGGGCACCAAUGACCUGUCGGCAGAGGAGCUCUGCAAAGGCGUCGCCGAGCUCAAGGGACCUGCGACCAGCUUAAACCUGGCACUUCUUCAGAAAGACCAAGUUGCGACCAAGGGGCUGAUGGACCAGAUGGUCCUGUCAAUGGUCAAGCUACAAGCCCGGCUGAAGUUCUCGGAUAUGCACAAGGCGAAAUCAGCUUCCUCGAACAGCAGCAGCAGCACCGAUAGCGACGACGACGAGACGGAUGCACAGCCGCUGACGCCAGCAUCGCGAAGCUUGACGCCUGGUACCAUCUCGCAAGGUCGUGGGAAGAGGCUUGGUUUGGCGGCCGCCUCCUCACGAAAAACGAGAGGCACCCGGCGAACACCCGGCGGCGCGGUGUCGCAGGUCUUGUUUAAGCAGAAGUCCUUGGGAUCCCUCAGUGGAGGAUGGAAUGUUCUGGCACGACUCCGAAACUUUACACGGCCGAUCGUUGCCAGCUUCCAGUUCGAGGCGGUCUUUGGCGUUCUGAUUUGCCUGAAUACACUCGUCAUGGCGCUGCAGAGUGAGUACAAUGGUCUCGACACCGGCUACAACUUGGGUUUUCCCGGCAUCAGUGGCCCUGCCAUUGAAAGCUGGCCGGGGGUCUACGACGUCUUCUGGGCUCUCGAGCUCUUCUUUGGCAUCGUCUUCACGGCUGAGAUCAUCCUGAAGCUCAGUGUGUUCUACCACUACUUCUUCCUGGACAUGUGGAAUUCCUUGGACUUCCUCGUCGUCGCCGUCUGGUAUCUCGAAACAAGCACGACAUCGGAGUCCUUGCCUAUUGACCCGAUGGUCUUGAGACUUUUCCGACUGGUAAAGCUUGGCCGGGUGGUGAGGCUAGUGCGAAUCCUCGAAAAGUACGAUGCACUCUACUUGAUGCUCACCUCCAUCAAGGGCAGUAUGGCCGCUCUGGCUUGGUCCAGCAUCCUUCUACUCGUGGUGCAAAUGAUGCUGUCCCUCGUCAUGGCCACUGUCCUGGAGGCAUAUUUUUUGGACGACAACUGGCCGGGAGACAAGCUGAAGGUCUACGACUACUAUGGCACGUUCUCGCGGUCGAUGCUUACGAUGUUUGAGAUCACGCUGGCCAACUUCAUCCCUGUGACCAGGGUGAUGGUCACGAACUUCAGCCAGGCCUACCUUAUCUUCGGCUUGAUGCACAAAUUCUUUAUUGGCUUUGCCGUGGUCAUGGUCAUCACCGGAGUGUUCAUCCAGGAGACGAUGAAAGUGGCUCAGACGGACAACACCAUCAUGCUGACUCAGCGUGAACGAUCUUCGAACCUGCACACAAGGAAGAUCAAGACCUUGUUUGACAUGGCAGAUUCGGAUGGCAGUGGACGUUUGGACAUGGAGGAGUUUGUGGAAGUCUGCGAAGACACCUCCAUGAAGAUAUGGCUUUCGGCCAUGGGACUGGAUGUCUCGGAUGCCCAGGGGGUCUUUCAGCUCAUCUCUGAGCAGCUAGACUCUGAAGAUCUCUCUGCCCGAGAAUUGGUCGCCGGCGUCGCGCGCCUGAAGGGCGCUGCGAGGAACAUCGACCUGGCUAUGUUGCGGCAGGAGAAUCAAGAGAUCCUGAAGAGGGUGAACACGCUUCAGAAAACGCUCAACGAGAUCGGCGAGAGCAUUGAGUGUGAGCUGUGA